CACUUUUCCGAGAAUGGGGAUUAAUGAGACUAUAAAUUGUACAAUCCUUGCUAACACUUACAUCCAUAUAAAUUUCAAAUCUCCAACCCUUCUUUCUAUCAAUUUUCACGCUCCGAUUUUCCGUCGUGACAAUGCACCGUUCUCAGCGCCACCCCCGUGAGUCGAGUGCCGCUUUUUCAGUCGCAACUUGGAGGUCUUGAUUGUGACAAUGUCAAUCCCUAGAGUGAAUCAAUACCUAUACCCAACUGAACUGACAAUACCAACCACCAACCACCAACCACCAAUCUUUCUGCACUUCUUCCUAUUCUUCCACCAUUGAUUUUCGACCGCCGCAACGGCCAUGUCUUACAAUACUAAUGCUGCCUUAUUCCAGUUGGCUCACUACUAAUUAAUUCCAACUACCAUUCACCCUUCCACCGCGACCUUCCAAUCCAACUUUCUUGACCUCGCGCUGAUAGCCUAUACCCAUACCGUCUUAAGUCGCAUACCUCAUACCUUCCACACAUUCCAUCCGAACACCAACUCAAACCCUCCAAACGGAGAUGGCAGCUUCACAGCUCAGCCCGCAGAGCAAUGGAGUCUCUCCUCGCAGCCAGUCUGCCACCAGAUUUCGCGGCUGCUCCAGAAUCACAGAUUACGAUAUACUAGGAAAACUGGGAGAAGGUACCUUUGGAGAAGUUCAUCGCGCAAAGUCAAAGAAGACAGGAGCAGUUGUCGCAUUAAAGAAGAUUCUUAUGCACAAUGAGAAAGAUGGAUUUCCAAUCACCGCUCUACGAGAGAUCAAGCUCCUCAAACUGCUGUCGCAUCCGAAUAUCCUCAGACUGGAAGAGAUGGCUGUUGAACACCACGCCAAAACCGACAAGGAUAAACGAAAGCGCGCAAUCAUGUAUAUGGUUACUCCAUACAUGGACCACGACCUUUCUGGACUUCUGGAGAACCCUGAUGUCCCUAAAUUUACGGAACCUCAGAUCAAGUGCUACAUGAUACAACUUCUCGAGGGCCUCGCAUAUCUACAUGACAAUCACAUAUUGCACAGAGAUAUGAAGGCGGCGAAUUUACUUAUCAAUAAUAAGGGAAUAUUACAGAUUGCGGAUUUCGGUCUGGCGCGACAUUAUGAUGGCCCUGUUCCGGCUGCGAAGAAUGGUGGAGGUGAGGGUAUUAGGGACUACACGACGUUGGUUGUUACGAGAUGGUAUCGUCCUCCAGAGCUGUUGUUGGGAAUGAGAAGGUAUACUACGGCGAUUGAUUUAUGGGGAGUUGGGUUAGUUCAUUCCAAGGAGCUUUAGCCGGGGGUUUACUAACUCUUUGCCAGUUGCGUCUUUGGUGAGAUGCUUUAUGGUAAACCAAUUCUUUCUGGGGACAGCGAUCAGAAUCAAUUGAAAAUCAUAUUUGAUUUGGUUGGAACUCCAACGGAAACAACCAUGCCGGGAUGGAGACAUAUGCCAAAUGCGGAGGGUUUGAACAUUAUUCCCAAACCCAAAACUCUUCAUCAACGUUUUAGAGCGUAUGUAAAAGUUACUCAUUUCUUCUCCUGCUGUCACUAACGAAUCAUAGGCAUGGCUCAGGAGCGUGCCAACUACUGGACGAUUUACUCAAUCUCGACUAUCGCACACGUCUGAAUGCUAUUGAUGCUCUGGAGCACCCUUACUUCAAGGCAAGACCUUUACCAGCAAAAGCCGGAGACAUUCCCAUGUUUGAAUCAUCUCAUGAACUGGAUCGUCGCAAGAACAAAGGUCAAAAAGCCGGACCACCACCAGCUCCCAAGGGCGGAACCGUAGGUAUGGGCCCAAAUGGUGGCUGGGGAGAAGCAGGUCCAAAUGGAAACCAAAACUACUCUCAUAACGAUGGAUAUGGACGACACCACAAUGGAAGUCGAUAUCCUCCUCCUCCUCCUCAUGGUGGCUACGGUCGAAAUGGUGUUCCUCCCCCACCACCACCAGAUGGUGAACGAAGACCAGCUUGGAGACGAGAUGAUAGACCAGAUCCUAGGGGUCUCCCACCAAGACCACCUCCACCUGGUGAUUAUCACGAUAACAUGAGAGCGGAUGGGAGAUACCGAUCUGCGUCCAGAGAAGUCGAUCGACCGCCAUUACCGAGAAGUAGAGCGGGUGGUGGACCGAAUGUCGAUACGUAUAUACCCAGCUACGGCGGUGGAGAGGGGGGACGAAGAGAUGAUCGGAGAAGACGAGAUGAUCGUGAUGAGAGGAGACUGCACGUUGAUCGGGAUUAUGAUGAUCGGAGUCGGAGUGGCAGGACGAGGAGUCGGAGUCGGAGUCCGGUGAGGGAGCGGGAUCGGGAGAGAGUUAGGGAUAGGGAGGAUAGAGAUAGGGAGAUGUAUCGGCGUUAG